AUGUCUAAAAAUAGUAAGGCCUCUGGAGUUGACCAGGAGGAGGGAGAAGGUAAAAAGUCAGACUCUACCCAGAUAAAUGUGGACAGAAACCUCGGUGAAACUGACAUUAAAGCCGCCAAAGUGGGCAACUUGGAAGGUGGGAAUUCCCCACAUAGAAAGUCAGAGCACACCAAAGCUUCCGGGGACGGUAAAAAUGUCAGCAGGGGUCUGGUUGACACCGCGGCGCCAUUUGAGUCUGUCAAAGAGGCUGUCACCAAGUUUGGAGGAAUUGUGGAUUGGAAAGCUCACAAGUCUCUUGCUCUUGAGGUAGAAGUUGCUGAGACUGCGGCCGUCAUUCAUUAAUCAAAUGUUUUGAAUCGAAAGCUCCAUAUUAUAGAGAUUAAUGCUACUUGAAAUUAUUAUUUGAUGAUAUGUUUACAAUACUCUUUCUGCUAUUAUUUCAUGGAAGUUACCGAAUUUUGUUCUUAUGCUAUUGAUAAUUAGGAAAAUGCUCAGAUGAUUGAUGUUUAAUUAAUGAAAUGCAAUCUUCGGUGAGAUUUUGGAUUCAAAAUAUUCGAUGUUUCUCCUCUUUUUUUUUAAAUUAUUAAUUAGUUUCAUGUAUUAGAAAAAUGACUGACUGAUGCUGUCUCCAUGUUUGACCAAUUUCUUUCGGUUCUCGUCUGCCAAUAAGUAUGUGUCUGCUGCCCAUUAAAAUUUAAAUAAGAGGUUUUUCCCGAAAUUUAUUUGAAAAAAAUCUUAAAUAAAAUAUCUUGGAAAGUGGAAAAUGCUACAAGGUUUUCCCUCUUAAUUUUCAUAUAGAUGCUAAAAUUAUUAAUCGAAUAAUUUCUCCAUCCAAAGAGAACUAGUUUCUUGAUGAGUUAUGCAUUUUAGUAGACUACUAUAAUGUAAUUAUAUUUUUUUCGAGGAUUUAUUCUCCAUGUUUUUCCAUAUUUUUUUCUACAUUCAUGUGUCUAUAAUAUUUUUAUCCUGCCCAUUAAAUCAAAUUUCUUGACGGAUAAUUUAAAAAAUUUAUGAAUUUAUUGACGAACUAUUCUCCAUGUUUUUCGUUUUCUUCUUCCUUUUUCAUCUUCUACUACUCAUAAUUUUCAAGUAGAAGUUGUAACUUUGAAUCAGAUAGUUUCCCGAUAUGCAGAGACAGAUAAUCUGAGAUAAUUAUAUAUUUUUUAUUUUUUAUUUUUUGCAGAGGCAGAAGCAGGUCCAGCUCGAGCUGGAGAAGGCGGCAGCAGAGAUCCCCGAGUUCCAACGGCGGUCGGCGGCGGCAGAAAAGGCGAAGAUGGAGGCUCUCCUGGAGCUGGAGACGACCAAGAGGGCCAUUGAAGAGCUCAAGCUGAGCCUGGAGAGCUCCCAAAGAGCGGAGGCCCAGGCCAAGCAGGACUCCGAGCUGGCUCAGCUCCGGGCGGCGGAGAUGGAGCGGGGGAUCGCCGCCGACGCCAGCGUUGCCGCCAAGACCCAGCUGGAGGUCGCCAGGGCCCGCCAUGUGGCCGCUAAGGAUGAGCUAGCGGCAGUGAGGGAUGAGCUGGAGGGCCUGAGAGCCCAGCUGGUGGCCCUGGCGGCGGAGCAGGCGGCAGCGGCGGAGCGGGCAGCGACAGUGGUCUUUGCCGCCAGGGAGGCGGAGAGGGCGGCGGAGGAGUUGACUUUGGAGCUGAUUAUGGCGAAGGAGGCCCUCGAGGCGGCGCAGGCGGCGCAUCUGGAAGCCGAGGAGCACAGAAUUGGAGCUUCCAUGGCGAGGGACCAGGAUCUGUUCAACUGGGACAAGGAGCUGAAGCAGGCGCAGGAGGAGGUUGACCAUCUGGGGGAGCAGCUCGCGCAGGCGAGGGACCUGAAGUCAACGCUGGAGGCGGCCACUGGGUCGCUGGUGGGCCUGAAGGGUGAGCUGGCAGCGUUCACAGAGGCGGCGUUGACCCAGGAGCCGGAGGACAAGAAGGAGCUGGAUGAAGUCAAAGUGAGCAUCGAGAAGGCGAGGGAGGAAGUCAACUUCCUGAAAGUGGCCUCCGCAUCGCUGGCGGCGGAGCUGGAGAAGGAGAACGCGGCACUGGCCCCGAUGAGGCAGAGGGAGGGGAUGGCCUCCGUGGCGGUCGCCUCCCUUGAGAUGGAGCUCGAAAGGGUCAACGCAGAGAUAGAGGCGGCCAAGUCAAAGGAGAAAGGAGCCCGGGAGGACAUGGUGGAGCUGCCCAGGGAGUUGCAGAGGGCCGCCAUGGAAGCCGACGAGGCCAGGUCGGCGGCGCUGGCGGCGCAGGAGGAGCUGAGGAAGGCCAGGGAGGAGCUCGAACAGGUCAGCGCCACCGUGAACACAGUGGAGAGUAGACUUCUCGCCGCCGUGAAGGAGAUGGAGGCGGCGAAGGCGACGGAGAAGCUAGCGGCGGCAGCGGCGAGGGCCUUGCAGGAGAGCGAGCAGGCGGCUAUCAUGGAGCCGGCCGCCGGCGAGGGCGGCGGCGCCGCCGUGACCCUCCCGGUGGAGGAAUACCUGAUCCUGAGCAAGAGAGCGAGAGAGGCGGAGGAGCUGGCCAGCGAGAAGGUCAGCGCUGCCGUGUCGCAGAUAGAGGUGGCGAAGGCCUCGGAGACGAGGAGUUUGGAGGCCUUGGCGGCCGCCAUGGCGGAGCUGGCGGUGAAGAAGGAGGCGCUGAAGGCGGCGACGGAGAGGGCCGACAAGGCGAAGGAAGGAAAGCUGGCGGUGGAGCAGGAGCUUCGGGCGUGGAGAUCGGAGCACGUGCAGCGGAGAAAAUCAGGCGUCGGCGCCCGAUCCGCCGCCGUGGCAGCAGCGCCGUCGGCGAAUUCUCCCCAGCCUCCGAGCCCUCCGACAGUCGUCGAGGAGCCCCCACCGCCGAAGCCAGCGGCGCCGCCCACUUAUCCGGCGGAGCCAUCCCCGCCGAAGACUUACCUAAGGGAGAGCAGAGAAGGAGAUGCGGCGGCGGCGCCGCCGGAGACGAAGGCCAGGAAGAAGAAGUCCCUGUUCCCCCGCCUCUCCACCUUUUUGGGGAAGAAGAAGACGUAA